UGAUGAUGAAGCGCUCCAGUAUGAUGAAGCGCUCGUGUCGUCCCCAAUUGCGUCGUCUCUGACUCCAGUGAUGAUGAAGCGCUCGUUCUUGGGCAUAGAUUCGUCCCUAAUUGCGUCGUCUCUGACUCCAGUGAUGAUGAAGCGCUCGUUUUUGGACAUACGUGUCGUCCCUAAUUGCGUCGUCUCUGACCUCAGUGAUGAUGAAGCGCUCGAUGCACGCGCAAAAACAGGCAUCGUUCCUGGCUCUAGUAAUGAUUUAAGGUUCAUUCUCACUGAAAGAUAG